AUGAUCUCGUUCACGGACGAGGACCUGGAUAUGGUGCAAUAUCUGCACGACGAUGCUCUAGUAGUGACCUUGAAGAUUAGAGACUGCCAUGUACGGCAUAUAGUAAUUGACCAAGGCAUCACUUAUGACAUCAUGUACAUCAGAUGUUACACAGAGCGCGACCUUCACAAGGAUGAUUUGGAGCAAUCCGAUAGCCCCAUAGUCAAAUUUAAUGGGAUGUCAACGUGGCCACUAGGAACCAUGAAUUUGGAGAUUCAGGCAGGAACAAAGACUAUAACCACAGAGUUCAUCAUGGUUGACACCUUUUCCCCAUACAACAUUUUCUUGGGAAGGCUUUGGCUAUACGCUAUGAGGGUUGUUCCCUUAACCUUGCACCAACUAUUGUGA